AUGGAAGAUAAUGGAGAAGAAGAAUCCAGCAAUAGAAGAAGAUCUUACAAGAAGAGUAGGUACAUUGAUAGAGAUCGUGAAGCUGCAAACACGAGGUUAAUGAACGAUUACUUUGUUGAUCGUCCAUUAUACCCAGAAUAUGUGUUUCGACGUAGAUUCCGUAUGCGUAAGCAUAUAUUCCUUCGAGUUGUGGAGGCAGUUACUGCAAAACAACACGAAUACUUCCAGCAACGUCCCGACGCUACUGGGAAACUAGGAGCCACUCCUAUCCAGAAAUGUACGGCAGCGUUGAGGAUGCUAGCCUACGGAUUUGUAGCUGAUUCAGUUGAUGAGUACAUCAAAAUAGCCUAG